GGGGGGUCUGGAGGGUCAAGGGGUGCUGGGGGGGGCGCUCCCUUCAUCCCUUCACCCCCCCAGCUGUGCCCCACGGUGGGGCCGGGGGCUGCUCCCGUCCCGUGCUGGGCGCUGAGCGCAGCAAAGUUUUUUGUCGCAGCCUCUGCAGCCCCGGCAGAUUCCUGCGGGCACCAAUGGCCUGGCCCGGCCCUAAUCCCCCCCCCGGGCUUAGCGCCCGCUAAGCCGGGCUGAAUAACCAGCGCGGGGGCGGGGGGCCACCACGGCCCCCAGGAGGGGGGGGGGCAGCCGCAGCCCCCGGGAUGUGGGGCUGAACCGGGGCACCCCCAGCCCCCAAGAUGUGGGGUUGGGGUGGGCUGGCUCCCAGCGCUGCCCCCCUGCAGUGUCACCCAAAACCUGGCGGGGGGGGGGGGUCUCGGUGCUGCCCCCCACCCCUCAAGCCUGUUUGUGACCCCAGGACCCACAGAGGGCAGCUGUGGGUCAGAGCCAGCCCCCCAGGACAGCGGCCCCAGGGUGGGGGGCGUGCGGCUCCGGGGGGGUCCCUGCUCUCCUGGGGGUGUGGGGUUGCCCCAGGGGGGGGGCACUGGGGUCCCGCACAGCCCCUCACCCACCCCCUAUCCCGGGCAGCGAACUGGUUAAGGGGGUGGCGCGGUGGGGUCCCACCCCCGGGGCCGGCUGGGGGGGCGUAUAAAGGUGGGUGCGGGCGGCCCCGGGAGGGGAGCGGGGCCGCGGCGGGCAGCGGGGCCAGGCCAUGCGGGAGCUGCGCUCGUCCUCCUUCUGGAGGGCCGUCCUGGCCGAGUUCCUGGGCAGCUUCCUCUAUGCCCUGCUGGGGCUGGGGGCUUCGCUGCGCUGGGCCCCGGGCCCCCACGGUGUCCUGGGGGCCGCCCUGGCCUUCGGGCUGGCCCAGGCCACCCUGGUGCAGGCGCUGGGGCACGUCAGCGGGGGGCACAUCAACCCCGCCAUCACGCUGGCCUUCCUGCUGGCCUCGCAGCUCUCCCCCCGCGCCCUGGGCUACCUCCUGGCCCAGCUGCUGGGCGCCCUGGCCGGGGGCGUCCUCUAUGGGGUGACACCGGCCCCCGUGCGCGGCACCCUCGGCCUCAGCGUGCUGCACCCCAGCGUGGGCCCGGGCCAGGGCACGGUGGUGGAGCUGCUGCUGACCGCCCAGUUCAUCCUCUGCGUCUUCGCCAGCUUCGACGACCGCCACGACGGGCGCCCGGGCUCGGCCGCGCUGCCCGUCGGCUUCUCCCUCGCCCUCGGCCACCUCUUUGGGGUACUACACGACGGCGCCGGCAUGAACCCCGCGCGGUCCUUUGCCCCCGCCGUCAUCAGCAACUUCACCAACCACUGGGUGUACUCCGGCCCGCUGCUGGGCGCCGUGCUGGCCGCGCUGCUCUACGAGUUCGCGCUGUGCCCGCGGCCGCGCAGCCUGGCGAGGCUGGCCGUCCUCAAGGGAGAGCCGCCCGCCGCCGAGCCGCCGCCCGAGCCGCCCGCCGAGCCGCUGGAGCUGAAGACGCAGGGGCUGUAGGCCGGGCCCCGGGGGGGGCUCCGUCGGACCCGUACCGGACCCCCCGCGCCCACCCGCGCCUUUGCAGUGACGGGGCCGCCGCGGUGCGUGUGGUGCGUGCGUGUGUGUGCGGCGCAGCGGGCGGGCGGCGGCGGCCACCGGCACCGGGAUCGGCACCGGGAUCGGCAGGUCGCACCGGGACCGGGACCGAACCGCCGGUACAGCCGGGGUUGCCGGUACCGAGCCGGGGCUGCCCCGCUCUGCCCCGCCGCGGCGGGAGUUCUGUGUUCGGUGAAUUAACCUGCGCUUUAUUUUGGUAA